AUGGGGGUCAUGCUGAACGGUUUCAUGGCUCUGGACCAAGUUUUCCAGAGGCGCGGGCCAGAAAAAUCACACUUGCCUGCCUUCCUGUGCAGAUGCCGGGAGAGGAGGCAAGUGCGGGUGCAAGUAGGAAAAGGAUUGGACAAGGCACAGUAUUCUGUUAAGUUAAUCAAAAAGAAUUACAUUUACGGCAAUAUCAACCAUAAAGUGAAUGUCUAUGUAAAAGUGCCCAGAAACAGCCCCUUUCUAGUCUGCAUGGAUGUGUCCCUUUCGCAAAGUGAAGUCAUAGACCCCAACUACCUAUGGAUUGGGCCAGAUGGAGCGACUCUAAAAGGAAAAAGCUAUGUGAAUCUCACAGAAACUGGAAAGUUGAUGGUGCUCGGAUUUAGAGAACACAUGUCCGGGUCUUAUACUUGCACUCUUACUUACAGAGUUUUCCGAAAUGACAUGCAGGAAGAACAAGAAAGAUUCAAGACAUAUAAAUUUAUGGUUUAUGCAUACCGAGAACCAGAUUACGCUUAUCAAAUGUCUGUUCACUUUACAACCAAAGAGUGCAACCUAACAGCAAAUGAACAAUUCUUUGAAGAGCUAAAGAAAAUCUUGAACAACCUGAUUUCCUAUCUGACGUGCCACAUCAUUGAGUCAUCGUACAAGUGUUUUUCUGUCAAACGACCCAAACAUGGGCUGGUCAAUGAGCUGUUUGUUGUUUUUCAAGUCAACCCAUUUGCCUCUGGUUGGGAAACUAUCUGCCACCAGGUUACUGCUGACUGCGAAGAUGUGACUAACAGCCGUGUUCAAAAGGCCCGAUUGCUCAUUGAAGAGUUUUUUCGCAGGCAGCAGUACAUCUUGAAACAUGAGUAUCAGAACAUCCCUGUAAUCCAUUACAUAGACCAUAGCUUCCAAGUCACUCGCCUGGACAGCUGUCGGCCAGGGUUUGGAAAAAACGGCGUCAGCCACAAUGACUGUGCAAAUUGCUGUGUGGCCUGCGACCCUGGGAGCUACAGUCCAAACAAUGAUGUGGUCUGCCAGACAUGUACUAGCAUUCGGAUUAAAUACUAUGGGGCAAAAUCUUGCUAA